UGCAGUUUGUCAGGCUGCUCGUCUCAUUUCACCGGCGUCAUUUCACCCGUCUUGUGGAACGGCAUCAUUUCGCAUCCUAUCAUCUCCUUGAUCCAGUGUGCAGCGGAUAUUAAACUACAAGAUGUCGCAAGUCACUCUGCAUUAUUUUGACGGUAGAGGAAAAGGAGAAAUCAUCCGAUUUAUGCUUUCAGCUGCGGGCAUCAAGUUUAAUGAAGUGUUCCUGACAAAGCGGGAGGAGAUGGUCAAACUUAUCACAGAUGGUCUACUCGACUUCAACCAGUUACCGUUGUUGGACAUCGAUGGUCUGAGGCUUGUACAGACUGGAGCUAUUGUACGGUACAUAGCCAGGAGAGGAGGUCUAUACGGCAAAGAUGAUAAGGAGGCUGCUGUGGUUGACAAAUUUUUCGAAGGGCAAAGGAUUUCAACGACAACUACCUCCCCCUGGGAGCAUUUACACAUUAACUCCGCCCGUAAAAACAAUGGUAUAAAAUGUUUUCACGUGUGCUUACAGCAAUUUUACAAGACUGUCAGUUCGUUACCAAACAUCUCAGCUUUUCUGAAGGGACCUCAGAGAAAGCGAGCCAAUGACGAGCGAUAUGUAGCAGAUGUCAAAAGAGUCCUGGCUUGGUAGCCAAUCAGAAAGAUGCAUUCUGUGGAAAUUUACAUAUCUCAUCACCUUUUCUCUCAAUCGAAGUAAAUAAUUUUUCGUGUCGAACAUUGUGGUUUUCCGUCUGGAAAAAAUAAAUAAAGGCAAAUACUGUUAUUA